AUGGCGCUCCAGGAAGCAGAACUAUUCGAAGACCAACAUCCCCUGAUUCAAAGCUGUCCUGCCUUAAACGAAAUUCGUCUUGCCCAAGACAUUAAAGACUUGACCAUAGAGGUAACUUCCCUUAGUUACAGCGGACAUUUGUGCGUGUUAGGUCAAGAACGGCGAUGUCCUUUACGUCCAUCGAAUAGUGCUAGCAGCUCGCAUCCCUUCUCUGCGAGCGUCCCUCAGUGGCCCCAUCGGGGAGGAGAAUUCGGUCUUAAGGUGGCCGACAGCGCCGCUCAGGUUGGUUCUUUAGGUUUUGCUUACAACUUUUUUAGUCUCGCAAAUGCGCUCGUCCAGUAUGUGUACACUGGUCGGGUGGAGAUCACACAGAACAACGUGAUGGGCAUGAUUGCGCUUGCAAGAAUGUUGGAACUCCCCGCCCUGGUGAAUUGGGGAGCGACAUUUAUGACCAAGAGGUACGCAAUUUCCUGACUCUUCCUCUCUAACUGCCUGCUCUAAAGAGUCAAUUUGCAGAAUUUGCCAGCCACGUGGGACUUUGCCAAGUCUACGAAUAUCAAAUUACUGGCUGAUACGUGCAUUGGGCUGAUGAAGGAGCAUUUUGAGGAAUUCGUGCCAACUGAACUCUUUGUUCGUUUGCCGGCCGAAACCGUCCUCAGCCUGCUUCGAAGCGAUCACCUGCCCGUGGGAUCUGAGGAGGAGGUUGUUGCGGCGAUUGCUCGCUGGACGGGUGCUGGUGCCUGUGGCCAGGCCGACGAUGAGAGGCUGAAAGUACACGCGCCGGAGAUGUUGAAAGAAGUUCAGUGGCACCUAACCGACGUGGAAUGCCGCGAUCGCCUGAUGGAGAAAUAUCCAACAAUCUGGGAAAGUCCCGAAUGCGCGUAAGUGUGUUCUGUUCACCCAAAAUUGCAGAAAAGUAACUAAUGUCUGUAAGUAUAUGCCAUCUCAACCCUGUUAUUUCUUUGUUCAUACAAGUCGGCUAAUGACUCGGAUUGAACGGUGGAUUGGAGCUGCAGACAAGGACAAGCCGGCCCGCCCCUUUAACUUAAGGCCUCGUCUGCGCCCGACGAUCUUCCUCUUCGGAAAGGACAAAGAUGGGCAGGGCAGUUGGUCUGUCCGUCGCACCGAUCAGCACCUGCAGCAGGCAGAACGCGUUGCUGACAUGGAGAAGCGCCGCUGGUUCGCCUCCUACAGCGUCGUGGGCGGUGAGUUGUCGGAGAGUUCUGCGUCACCUCUUCAGCGCAUUUUGUCUGCUUUUGAUGUAUUUGCUUGUUGAAGUCAAGCGCCUCUGUGUGCGACAGCAUUUAGUGUUUUGUAGGAAGUAAAUUAAGCAAAUAAAUCAGGCUCUUGGGGAUUUUUUGCAAGUGACGGACGUUUUUUGUAUUUUUUCUCCCGAAAGAGAGCAUUUUCGUUGUCGGUGGAGCAUGGAACGACACAGCGCUAGUUGACGUUGACGAGUUUCUGGUGAGAGAAGGACGCUGGCGCAAACGGGCGCCCCUCGCCGUUCGACGCCAGCAGCACGCCGCCGUCGUCAUGAGGGUUCACGCCGUCGACGGAGAGGAGACGGUGAUAGGCAUUUUUGGUGGCUGCUUCAUGGAAGGGGACAGUUGGACACGCCUCGCCUCCUGUGAAGUCUAUGACGCCAGUCAGGACAGGUGAGAAGGCGCUGGUUUUGGUGCUUUUUUUUGCAAAAAAAAUACUUCUCUCCUUCUACUCACUUCCCACCCCGCCUGCCCUGAACAGAUGGCAUAAAUUGCCCGAUCUGCCGGAGGAGAGGUCCGGUCCAGCUGCUGCCUGCCUGCCCGGCGACAGUCGGGUUUUCGUUUUUGGCGGCUGGAAUGGCUCCUCCGCGCUGGCUUCCGUGGUCUUCUGCAAUCUGCGGGCGAAUUGGCGGGAGGAGACAGUUUCAGCGCGCACCGCCGACUUUUGGCAGCCAGCUGCCGCCAUGAGAACUGCACGAUCUCGGCUCGCAGCGAAGCCCUUUCGGGGAGCAAUCCUGGUCGCCGGUGGAUUGAAGAUGGGAAAGACUCGCAACGUGGUGGAGAUGUUCUCACCGCCGGACGCCGGGAACCCCCUCGGUCAGUGGACAGAGCUGGCCGACAUGAAGCAGCCUCGCCAGUGCUUCACUCUUCUCACCUCCGCGAACGCUGUCUUUGCUCUCGGUAAGCGAAUGCACAAUGAAAUGAAUUCUUUCUUUCCUUCUCUCUCUCUCUCUCAUGCCAUUCGUUUGCCUCAUCCGCGUAGCCAAUUUUACAAGGCACAAGAGCAUUAAAUCACUUGACAUGCCGUUGGAGGAUUUUCAUGCGCUGUGCACCAUUACAGCCAGAAGUGGUCGCCUUGCUGUGCAUAUUGCCUAACCUCCCUUUUUAAAUAUCUUUUCUCUCGUGUUUCAUUUUUCCUCAAGUGAAAUUUCACUAUAAUUCUGCAAAAUUUUUAGGCAACGCGGUCGAAACGCGUAACACGGUAGAGACUCUCACGGCACCAGGAGGUUCAGCUGACUUGGACAAUGACUUGACAUCUUGGGUCUGGUCGUCCAAGAGCCCGGUGGAGACACUUGACGACAUUGUCGGCGCAGCAAGCGUCUGCAUGUAAAUUUCUUCACUUGCUUCUUGUUUCAUGUUCACUUGGAGUGUCCUCCGCUGCAUUGACAUUAGAAAUAAAUUACAUGCAAAUGAAUCAGCCUUGACAUUUGUUAUUUCUAAACGUUGGAGGUACGCGUGCGGUGGCCAGCAUAUGGGACGACUUAGUGAACUAGUUAAUUUGUUCGAGGCCGGUGCUACGCAGUGCAAAUGGUGUAAACGGGUUUUUCUUGAAUGUUUUUAGUGUUAGUAAGUGCUUCUGCAUCUACUUCCUGCCUUCUUGUGCUGAAACAUUUCGUCGUUAAUCAUACGUCGACUUGCCACUGAAAAAUGAGUGAGAUACAGUUGCCACUUUCUUGACCUGCUAGCUGAGCUGAGAUAGUCUUUCACCUGUACAGGACUUAAACUAGCUAAUACCUCAUCGAGAGUCCUCCGGGGGAGUAUCCGCAAUGUGUGACGUGUAGGAAAUCAGUGCUCUACGAGAUAACAACAAUUAAGACCUGAGAAUGCAGAUUUGGUUUGGACCGCCUGCAGGCAAGUCGACCAAGCGGUAUUCAGUUAACAUGCGGGUUCACUUACCUUGUAGCCUCCUGUGGGAUCGCAGACGGAACCUCAUCUUUGAGAUGGUGAUGCAAUGAUCCGUAUGACAUUUUAGGUGGCUGAUCGUGAAUGAACCUGAACCUCUCCGGCUUAGCCUCGUCGGAGGACAAAUGGGUGUUUUGAAUGCUGUACCCUUUGUGUCUUCGUCACAUAUCAACAACUGUCUAUGAUGAUGGCUCCGAGGGAGAAUCCGAGACGUCAGACCAGAAAGCCUGCAGUAGUAGUAGUAGUAGUAGUAGUAGUAGUAGUACAAUUAAUGAUAGAAGUAGUAAGUAGUAGUAGUAGUAAUAGUAGUAGUAGUAGUAGCAGUAGUAGUAGUAGUAGAAGUAGUAGUGGUAGAAGUAGUAGUAUUAAUGGUAGUAGUAGUAGUACGAUUGGAGACCCAUUUGUUUUUAGCAAUGGAAGACAUGAGUUAAACGACUUUUCUGUCUGACCAUACCGGACAAUUAAGACCUCAGAAUGCAGAUUUGGUUCGGACCACAUGCAGGCAAGUCAGCCGGGCGGUAUUCAGUUAACAAAGGGCUCCACUUACCUUGUAGCCUCCUGUGGGGUUGCAGAUGGAGCCUCUUCUUUGAUAUGGUGAUACAGUGAUCCGUAGUACGCAAUGUCUGUCGCGUUAGGUGGUCGGUCGUGAAAGGACCUAAACCUCUCCGGCUUAGCCACGCCGGAGGAUAAAUGCGUGUCUUGAAUGCUGUGCCUUUGUGUCUUCAUCACUUAUCUACGACUGUCUCUGAUGAUGGCUCCGGGUGAGAAUCCGAGGCGUUAGACCACAAAACCUGCACUAGCAGUAGUAAUAUUAGUAUUAGCGGCAGUAGAUGUAGUAGUAGUAGUAGUAGUAGUAGUAGUAGUAGUAGUAGUAGUAGUAGUAGUAGUAGUAGUAGUAGUAGUAUCAUUAGUAGUAGUAGUAGUAGUAGUAGAAUUGCGAACAUUUGUAGCAGCAUUAGAAGUAUUAGGAGCAUUAGCAGUAGUAGACGUGGUGGCAGCAGUAAUUGCAGUAGAAGGAGUAGCAAAAUUUAAAUGAUUGGUAACAGUAGUAUAGGUAGUAGUGGUAAUAGAAAAAGUAGUGGUAGCGUUAGUAGAACUUACAGUAGAAGUAGCAGUAGUAGUGGUGAUGUUAGUGGUAGAAGUUUAAAGUAGUAAGCGUAUAGGAAGUAGAAACAUUGGCAGUAUUAGAACUAGUAGUAGUAGUAGUAACAGUAAUAGUGGCAGUAGCAGUAGUAUAGAUAGUAGCAGUUAUAGAAAUGGUAGUAGUAGUAGUAGUAACAGUAGUAUUGGUAGUACUAUCAGUGACAUUAGUAUAGUUGGAGACCCACUUGUUUUUAGCAAUGGAAAACAUAAGCUGAACCAUCUUACCGUGUGACCAUACCGAACUCUAUCAUCAAUUUAUUGGAAAGCACUUUAAGACUAUACUGAAUAUGCGCUGAGCCAGACCACAGACUACAGCAGAACAGCUUGAUGCAAUAUUUGUGAAGCAUUUCGUCCCUGCAAUCGACCCUAUUACCUGUUACUGUCUAUUGUGCAAGUAUCCUGCUUCCACGGUUAAGAUAUGAUUAUGCGAGUCGAUACUAUCUGCCUGAAUAAGCCCCGAUGUUGCAAGCACCACCCAUGCGUGUCUGAUGGCCAGACCCCUAUCGGCAGCUCACUUGGAGUUUGUAGGUCCUGGGCCAUGAGACGCCUGCACAAUUACAAUAAUUAGAAAGGUGCUAAUAUUCCAUAAAAGAGUAGGAUCGCCACCAUUAAUGACUCAAAUGUAUCUGCCUGAGAAAUCAUCGUUUGGCGGCCCCGACCACUCGGCCACUCCACCGCGUCUGCAGACACCCUCACAAAAUUAUAAGCACUGUACAGGCGAACCACACGCGAAUAGGAUUUGUGGUGUUAGCUCUCAGGGGCAACCAUCUCGAGAAAGAGAUCAAACAGAUAAAGAGUCAUUUACAAUAUUAUCUAGGCAUACCUCACUAUACGAAUGUAUCCACUGGAAGAAAUCUGGUGUUAAAAUCCAAUGAAAAUGAACAACCGUUUCUAAAUGAUAUCCCCACGGUACGUGAACCAGAAACCUUGACAACAGCGCCGUCCAAAACGGUUAAUGUUGAAAGUACCAAAACAGCAACGCUCAGAAAACUUUUGAAUAGGAUGGGCUCGACAUGGGUAGGGGUAUUGAGGCAAUUAUCGAAUCUGCAGAUCAUCAUUCACUACCGUCCGUGCCAACGGCUUCUUCCAAGUCAGUCACCACAGGCGUGGAGCAUCAAAACCGCGAUAUAAAAUGUGUUCCGCUAUCGCCGUCUACUAUCCUUAGAGCACCAGACCCCCGCAGAUGGCGAUACAUCAAUAAAUAAUACGAACGAUAUCGCCAAACAGCAAUGUCUCGUUAUUCAGGGGCUCCCUGAAUCAAACGUCAACUUUCCUAGCAAGCGGGUUAAGGAAGACUUAACGCUUUCCCAAGGCCUGCUGAAUAAUAUCUUGCAAACCCCUGAGGCAAUUGAAGUGCUGAAAGCCUUCAGACUCGGAGGACGAACAAACAAUCAGCCAACAUCAACAUGUCGCCGACCUCUCAAAGUUGUACAGGCACCAACGCCGACGUAUUUCUUCAACCAGAUUACUCGCCAGCAGAGAGACACUAAAACGUCUUCUUCUAGCUGUAAAGCUCAAGACGAGAUUCAGCAAAGGAGAACGCAAUUCGAUUAUCUACAACAACCGAAUCAGACAGCGUCCACCAUUUUUUCUUUGAACGAGCCCAGUUCAGAUGACAGCGCAGCUGACAUGGUAGGCGAAAGUUCUAGACGCACCGAGACCACUUCUCCGACGGCCAUAAAUCGCGAAAUUAAAUUUCUGUAUACAAAUGUGCAGAACAUGUUACCGAAAGUGGACGAGCUAAAAGUUCAUCUAUCAGAUCUAUCCCCGGAUGUAAUCUGACUUACAGCAACUUGGUUGAAUCAACUGGUGGACAACCGUGAGUUAACUAUACCAGGAUACCAGUUGUUAAGGAGACAGGUCAGGACGUUAGUGAGGAACAUGGGCUCAUCGUUUCGGAUACAGCAGAUAAACUUGCGCGUACUUCUGAGACAAUUUUACUAACUGUAAAAGCACUGGCCUCACCAAGCCUCAACGUCCUGACAGUCUACGACCACCUAGAAAUGACGCUCAACUGAUUGACGUCCUGGAGAUAUUAUCUUUUUGUUCGGAAGUAUUACUCAUGGGAGACUUCAAUGCGCCCCUUAUCGACUGGAGUUCAGCUUAUACAUCUGGUCCAGACCAUACUUUCGUUCGGCGUUUUCUGGACCUGACGCUCAAAUUAUUUCUCACUCAGCACAUCUCGUUUCCAAAGAGAGUGCGCGAAGGGCAACAGUAAAACUGUCUGCACCUGGUCCUUCCAAAGUCUUUGGUCAGCAUUGAUGAGGUGUAGUGUCUACGUCACCUAGGUCGAAGUGAUCACGUCGUAUUGUUGUAGGAGUACUCCAUCUUUCUCUGCCUGAACAAGUCACCGGAGUUAGAGGGAACAUUUGCCCCCCCCCCCCCGACUUUGUCCAAAUGAAAGCUAAACUAAACACCACAAACUAGGAGUUUGCUUUUUCAGGUGACAUAAUCGAUGAUCGGGACUUGUUUACUAAGUUACUGCACGUUCUUCUCAGAGAUUACUGACCUAUUUCACGGAAGAAACUGAACAGCAGACCCCCGUGGCUAACACAAGCUUUAUGAUAUGAGGGGAGUCUUAAGUACAGCCAACGCAUUAAACAAUUGAGCUACGAGCCCCCGCCGGACGACGCGAGUCUAAUCACAUUUGGGUCGAUUUACCCGCCCAACCUACUGCAACGUCUGGAAUCCACCAAAUCAGAUACAAUAAGAUGAAUGCAGUUCUGAUUGUGGAUGCCUGUUUAUAAGCCACACCAACCACAAAAGGUUUCAGGAUUCUUGACGCCGUCUCUGAAACAUUCUCCAGAUAGGGAAUCGAGAGCCAGAAUCAUGGCUUCUCCUUGCUCGGCUGCCCAGAGUGGCACUUCCUGAGACAACUGCGUAUGAACGACUCCGGGUAAAUGUUGGCUUCAAAUAGGGCACGGAGGUAAUCCACCUCCUUCCUCCUGUCAUCUUAAUUGCUACAGUGAGUUUGGGCGCGUUGCAAAAGGGUCCUGACACAACUGUGUCUGUGACCGAUGAGGUGGUUGCUUUUGGAGUGGAGGAUGCGCCUAGUUUAUUGGCCUUACGGUAAACCAUCGCACCCAUAUUCCCGUCUGCCAUUUUUGUAACUUGUACAUCAACAAAGGACAAUUGAUUGCUGGCUUCUUCCUCCGUAGUAAAUUAGAGGUCAGGAACAAUUGAAUACAACAGUCCUUUGAAAGCCUGUACGGCGUUUAUUUUCAUUAUGACAAAUGUGUCGUCGACAUAUUUAGCCCAAAACUUUAGCAUGUAAUAGGUGAUCUUUAGCUGCUUGAGAAUCUGCAAAACCGCUUCAGCAACUAGUCCAGACAGAGGCGAGCCCGUCGGCGUUCCCUUCUUUUGCUCAUAUGCUUGGCCAUUAAAUGCGAAGAAAGUCUUGAGGCACCAUUCCAGGAGCUCAAUUAUGUGCAUCCGCUUGAACUGUUGAUCGGUCUUAUCAUAUUUCUGCCCGAGAAGACCGUCGACGUGUUGAUGGAACUCUUAACCGAGCCAUAGAACUACAUCCCGCCUACCAGACGCUCCGCACACAGCUAGGGUCAGCCCAGACGGGGCCGAUAGAAGGGGUGGAAGAAAUCACACGGUGGCGACUGCCGACACGUGCGGAGGAAAGCGAAGGCGCCGACACUAUCUCACGGACGCACCGGCGACGCCGAAAACACCACGCCCGAGCAGCAACGGUUGACCGGUCCACUGUCCGACGUGGGGGAGGCCGACGAGCACGCUGAAUUAGCGGCGACCGCGACAGCCGCGAAGGGGGCGCAAGCCACGUGAGUCGGCCAAUGGUCGAAAUUGGAGGGACCAGAACCAGCCAACAGCAAAUGGGCCAGCCAGUACACGUGCAGUGAGCACGGUUAUAAUACGAGGCAGGGGGAAAGACUGAACAAACCAAGGUCAGCAGGAAAAGCCAAGGAGUGACUCUAAUGAUGGAUACGAGAGAGUUUCCGAAACGUCAGUAAGCGUCAGUAAAUACAACCUGCUUCAUGAAAUCACCCUCACUUGUUCGCCUUCUUCGAGGGAUGAUGAAAACGAAAAUAUAUCCGGACCUUGAAUUUAAGCGCAUACUUGAACACAAACUGGCACUUAAAAGGCAAGACCAUCUGUUUCAAAUGGUUAUGAACACUCUAGACACUGGACACACCUUUGCAUUGGAAAAAAACUCGCGUUGUCGGAGAAGCCCCUCUAUAAAGGCCAAGAGUUUCUCGAAGCCAUGCCCUACGAUGAAUCAUGCAUCAAUCGACGCAUUGCAUUAGAUGUCACGGGCAAAAAUCUCAGGGAACAGUGGAAGUGAAGAGAGCCAUUUAGUACCGAAUGACGCCCACGGCGACCGCUUACUGUUGCAAACGCCAAAUGAAUAUCGAUUUUUCAGCAUGUUUGAAAUGCUCCUUGUGUUUUACACAUUUGCUCAAGUCUGAAGACGACCUGUGGAACCAGCGUUGAAAAUUUACUUUGUAAAGUGUUCUACUUUUGAUAAGAAUAAGCGCGAUCGCUGGAACAAGGGCUUAAUUCGCCUGACGUUUCGGAUUCUCACUUGAAUUCAUCAUCAGAGACAGUUGCAGAAAAGGUUGACUCGUGCACAGGAAGUUGCAGUAUUUAUAGGAUGCGGUCGCUGCGCUACCGCCUACCUACAGAAAUUAACCGUGCUCCCCUUCAUCAAGGAUUUCUGCCCGCUGGUGCGUUAAUUGCUUGAUGGCCGGCAUGCAAGUUGUUAAUUUCUGAAAUCUCAUCGCCCGUGUUGGAUGCUAGCGUGAUGAUUGCUCGGCCAUCUGGCUCACCGGCUUGCGCGCUGCCCGAGUGGUUAGUUAACUUUGCCAGCCUAUGCCUCAGCACGGAAUAUGGAGUGGGGAUGUCGUUGCACUUGUUGAUAGACUGAGGUCCCGUGAACCAUGACUCAAACAACUCGCGGCUCAUGCGAUUAUCCCCUCCCGCGAGAAUUUCGGCCUCAUCGAACUUGAAUGUGUGGCCGGGUCUCGUCGAAUGGGCUGCGACCUGAGAGUCGGCGCCAUUUCUCCAUACGGCUGCCACGUGUUCGGCGAUUCGCGUCCGGAGCAGUCUUCCGGUUUCUCCGAGGCGGUCCUACAGCGGUUAGAGUGGCUUGUCUUCCAACAUCACAGACCGAAAUUCUGGGCUCGGUAUGUGGACGAUAUCUUCGUCUUUAUCGAACGAGAUCAGGUGCUAACGUUCCAAGAAUGUCUCAACAGCGUCUUCCCGGACAUGCAAUUAACGAUGGAGGAGGAAGAUAAUAUCCAGCUGGCAUUCCUUGAUAUCUUGGUGUGUCGCAGAGGUUGUGGUGACAUAAGACCAAAGUGUUCAGAAAAGCGACGAAGACGACGCAAAUACUAAACUUCAAUAGCAACCAUUCAAUCAGCUACAAACGCAGCUGUGUAAGAAUGCUAUAUCGGCGUGUUGAGACGCACUGCAGACAACUGGAAGACAAGGUUGCUGAAUCCCAAUAUCUUCGACGGGUUUUCAGAGAAAAUGGUUACCCGCGCAACUUCGUCAACCGUUGUCUGUGCAAAAGAGACGAGCGACAAAAUCAUGCCGACUUUAAAUUCUGGCGAGCGAUCCCGUACAUUCAUAUUGACCCAACUGUGAAAAGCUCGGCGCCUCGGUGGGAUUCGAACCCACGCAGAAAGGGGAAGGCUUCAGUACAGCCAACGCUCUAACCACUUGAGCUACCACUUGAACUACCAGUUGUAGAACUGGUGGUGGCAGUAGCAGUAGUAGUAGUGGUGGUAGUACUAGUGAUGGUAGGAGUAGUAUUAGUAGUCAAAUUACUAGUGGUUUUGGUGGUAGUUGUGGGAGUAGAAGUAGUUGUGGGUCAUAUUAGGAAAAUCAGCAGUAGCAUUAAUCGCUUGUGAUGUAAUAGUUGUGGAAAUAGGAGAGUAAUGACAGUGAUGGGAGUAGUAGAAUCAUUAGCGGUAGUGGAAGUAAUAUCAGCAACAGUAGAAGUGGUAGUGAAAUAUGAGUGGUAGUAGUACGAGUAGUAGUAGUAGUAGUAGUGGUAGUAGUAGUAGUAGUAGUAGUAGUAGUCUUAGCAGUAGUAGUUGUGAUGGUAGUAGUAGUGUUGGUGGUGGUAGUAGUAGUGUUGGUGGUAGUAGUAGUAGUAGUAGUAGUAGUAGUAUUAGUAGUAAUAGUAGUAGUGGUGGCAGUAGUAGUAAGUCAGUUUAUUAAGGGAAUGGGGCGUUCCCUGAGCUCCCUAUUCAUAUCGAUAAACAUUAAUAGAAUGAAUAAUUACAUCAGAAAAUGCGGAAAUUCAAAAGUUGGCGGUAAGUGUGAGCCAGGCGCAAACUUGCGCCGCUAAAACAAUCGGGGUUAUAUGUACCGUAGUUCUUCAGGAAAUGAGCAUCUAGUCUACACUUAAAGGAUUCGACAGUUUCGGAGAGAACCACCGCGCCAGGGAGUCCGUUCCAUGCCCCAAUGACCAUGUGAGAGAAGGCGUUCCGUCGGACGUCCGAAUGAGCCGGCUUCCUCUGCAGUUUGAAGGGAUGACCACGCAGACGGUACAUGCCGGCCUAUUCGAAGAAUUCAUCAAAGUCUAGGGCGCACUCACGGCCUCUGACAACCUGAAGGUCUGAAUGAGAUCUCCGCGUAGUUGCCUGUAAUUGGGAGGAAUCAGGUUUUGUUCGGUCAGCCUGGUUUCGUAUAACAGAUGAUGAAGAUUCUUGACCAUCUACGUAGCCAUCGCCUGUACUCUUUCCAGUCGUUGAUAAUCUUUCUUCAACCAUGGUCGCCAGGCCUAAACUGCAUACUCUGGGUAAGACCGGACUAAUAUCUUAUAGGUAUUUCCGAUCUGCACAAAUUUCCGCCUCAGCGCAAAUAACACCCUUAUAGCACUUUUGGCUGCCCUUUAACACUGUGAUUAUUGUUUCAGCGAGGAGGUCAUUAGGACGCCGAUGUCUUUCUGUUCCACAAAGUUUGAAAGGGGCUGCCAUCCAGGACGUAUUGAAAGGAAUCGUCCUCCUUACUGGUCUUUCUGGUGCCGAGUCUCAAGACCACACAUUUGUCCACAUAAAAAUUAAGGAGCCAACGAGCUGACCAACUGUUCAGGCGAUUGAGACUGUCUUGAAGAGCGUACCAGACUGCGUCGGAUCUGAUGGUUCUCCACAGCUUAAGAUCGUCAACAAGCAUGAUGACGUUGGACUCCAGGUCGUCGACGCAGUCAUUCAUGUAAACCAGGAAUAGCAACGGCCCUAAGACGGAGCCUUGCGGUACCCCACUAAGAAGGGGGGGGGGAGGGGGGGUAGGAGUUGACCUCGAGGCCUCAACGCACACGGUUCGCCAUUUCCCUGUAAAAAAUCUGUUAUCCAUGUCCUCAGCCUUCCUCUUAUCCUAAUUUCAGAGAGUUUGUAGAUUAAGCGUUUGUGUGGGACACUGUCGAACGCCUCCUUGAAGUCCGUGUAGAUGACAUCGAUCCUACCAUCCUCAUCCAUUGCUCGAGUCCACUGCUCCGUCGAGAGCAAUAAACUGGAAAUGCACAAGCGGUUUUGUCUGAAGCUGUGCUGCAGGUCUGAGAGUAAGUGGUUCUGCUCCAGGAACUUCAAUGUUGCCUUCUUGCCUAUGACCCCCAUUAUUUUACAGCAGAUGCAGGGCUUCUGUUCAGCCUAUCGGAUACUCCUUCCGUGCCUGACAAAUAUAUUUUUUGUCUGCAUUUCGUUGACGACAAAAUUCUUCGAAAUGCGCUGGUGACGCAGUUUCCCUGAAUAUUUUCCAUCUUUUACUUUUCUACCGUAACUGCGUAUUUAGGCCCCUAGUUAACCAAGCAGGUCGACUAGUUGUUUUUUGUAGUUUAGGUAGAAAACAGUGCCGAAUAAGAUCGAGUGAAAUCGUCUUAAACGAUCUCCAGUCGUCCUCCGGAUCUCCCCUGAGCGAUUUGUUCCAAUUCACGGAAAUCAAUGCGUUCUUCAUCGUGUUAAAGUCUGUCUUCCAUAUAUUAGGUUGGCCUUCUGUUCUCUUCUGGCGUUGAGAUAAGAGCGAGUUUUCUCAUAGUAGCUUAGUAUGGUCACUUUUCCCGAGAGGUGCAUUGGAAUACAUUUCGUCGAUAUUAUAGAAGUCUUUAGUUACAACUAGGAACAGGCAAUUCGCUCUCUGGUUCUCUCGAAAUCUUGUCGGUACUUUUACAUGUUACGCCAGAGGGAGAUCGAGUGUGAGGUACAUUAGCAUAUUGCUGAAGGACGUUGGCCGACCUUUGACUACCUAAUUUUCCCACUUAAUUGCAGAUGCGCUGAAAUCCCCAGCAAUAAAAACCUCUUGGUGACUAGCUACGUCCUUGACGUAUUAAAGGUGCGACUCAUCAGCUGAACUCGGAAGGUAUGGUGGUCUGUAAAUUGCCACGAAUUCUAGGUUUUGUGCAUUAUUCUUCUUUAUCAUUAUGCAGGCGGAUUUCUAUUCAAGAGGAAGGGUGUGGGCGCGUUCAGCUGCCGAAAUUCCUGCGCCUAUAAAUACGACUAACCCCACCGCCCUGUUUAUUUUGACCGUCUCUGCGAAAGAGCUGGUAUUCCGGUAUCGAAAUCUCGGCAUAUGCGAUUUCAGCACUAGGCCAAGUUUCCGUUAUGGCGAUGACGUCGGAGAUUCGUUCUGAAACUAGCGCUUUGAGUUGGUCGAUCUUUGAAACGAGACUUUGAGCAUUGGUAUACAAAAAUCGAGAUUUGUUACGAGCAACCCCGGCAUACAGGCAUUUAUCCAUUUCAUGGGAUUGAAUGCGAAAGCCGAUCGGAGCUGAUCGGGAUGGACUGCUUUCCAUCACUCCUAAACUGUUAGGGUUAUGGGCUUUCUCCAGAGGAAUGGCCUCUGGACGCUUAUAAAUUUCCCGUCCAGUAUUCUGAGAUUUCUCUCGCCCAGACUCGACCGCCUAAGGACUUCCAAUUUUGGCCUCCUCCAUUUUUCUCUCUCCGCGGGGGAAAAGUCCCGCUGAAAAAAACUGAUGGAUGGGCAUUUUGGAACGCAGAUUUCCCGCUCAACAGUAGCUGCGCUUGUUCGUCAUUCUGGAAGACAAUUUUUAACGGUCAAUGCCGGUCUGGUUCAUUUUCUGAGUCUUUUAUCUGACCCAUCCUGAAAGCCUUUAAUACAGUGAAUUUUUCGUCUCCCCUUAAGAUCGAUUUGAGAUAUUCCUGGAAUAUUUCUAUGUCAUGCUGUAUUCUGUCCUUUGGAGUGUCGGGAACAGACUCAGACACGUCCUUUAUGACAAUACAUCUACUGCGAUCAACUAGAGGGCCUUGUGAUUUAAUCAUACCUGCAGAGACUUCAUCAAGGAUAUCCCGACUACCAACAUUCACCGAUUUAGGAAGGUUUGGUUCGGUAGGACUAAUGCAUGACUAAAUGUUUACUACGAUUUGUUGGUCAUUUGUCAUUUUCAGCGCACGUUUUUUGUUUGAGGUGUAGUCGACUCUUGCUCACUUGUCUGACUCAUUGUGACUUUUCGAUCUGUCCUGAGACAUUUUUUUGUUCGCUGAGGCUGCGUCUGGCAACCCUUUUCUCGCACAAGACACCGGUUGUCAUUCAUAUCGAGCUCUAUUAGUAGCUCUAGUAGUAUAGGUAGUAGCAGCAGAAGUGGUCGUAGCAAUAGCGGAAGCAGUAGCAGUGGCAGUAGUACAGGUAGUAGCAGUAGUAUUGGUUAUAGUGGUAGUGGUAGUAGUAGCAGUAGUGGCAGUAGUAGUAGUAGUAGUAGUAGUAGUAGUAGUAGUAGUAGUAGUAGUAGUAGUAGUGGUAGUAUUAUUCGUAGUAUUAUUAGAAGUGGUGUUAUUAUUAGUGGUGUUAGUAUUAUUAAUAUUAGUAGUAGUAGUGGUAGUAGGAUGAGUAGGAGGACCAGGAGGAGGAGGAGGAGGACUGGAGACCCAUUUGUUUUUAGCAAUGGAUCUAGAUCACCAAUGUAGGGGAAAGCGCUUUAAGACUAUACUGGAUAUGCGUUGUAGCCAGAACGAAAACUGUAGCAGAACAGCUUAAUGCAAUAUUUGUGAGGCACUUUACGCCGGGAAUUGACACUAUUGCCUAUUACUAUCUAUUAUGCAAAUAUCCUGCGUUCACGCUUAAGAUACGAUUAUGCGAGUGGGCACUAUCUGCCAGAACAAGCCCCGCUGUUGCAUGCACCAACACUGCGUAUCUGACGGACAGACCCCUAUCGGCAGCUCACUCGGAUUUUGUAGGCCCUGGGCCAUGACAUGCCUGCACACCUGGCGAGAUAAAAUCGAUCGCUGUCAACACGAAGCGUGAUAUCGAUCGCAGCACGUGCACGUAGCUUUUCUCGGUUGGCCUAGCAUUUUGAUAAGCUUGAAUGUCGUCAAACUGAGCAGAUUGCAGCGGCGUGCGAAAUCGGUGCGCUUUUAUCUCGUUUGGCAAGAUUGAUAACGCGGCCAAGAUCAAAAUAGUUCUCCGCACUUCAUUCGAUCUGACGAAAUUAUCUUAACAUAUGCAAUCGGCGUAGUGGAAAUACUUUUGCAUCAAAAUUACCUUCCGCAGUCUAUUAGUGUAGAACUGUGAGAUUUAUCUCAACCAGCACAUUAAUUUUGGGGGACUGUAUCCAGACGAAUAGAAUAGUCAACAUUUAGAGGCAGUGGACAUCUGGGAGAUGUAUAAAUGAAACAGGAGUAACGCAAUAAUAUUUUUUCCUACUGCAUCGACCGCCUGGGUAAGGCAAAUAUUUUAACUAAGAGAGACCGGGAGUAGAGGCUUAUAUUAGCCGAGAGCCUGUAAUGCCUAUUCAUAAAGUAAUUUAAUUAACUUUUACUAAGUUCGCUUACCUGAUGAAUGCAUUGUUCGACCUUAAAAUGAAAAGGCUAAAUAAACACAUCUUCUAUUUCAGAGUGGACUUCAAUUUCACAAAUGAUUGUUUAUUCCGAAGUUUGACUCCGUUAAACAUAUCAGCCCAUUGCAUUGCGCAAACAUUUUUUGUUACAAAGAUCUAAAACCACAGACCUAGAUCUAACCUUCAAAGUGGACCGGAUUUGCCCACUCGCGCAGUCAGCAUAUUUACCAAGUAUGCUGUAAUGCCCCAGCGAGGUUAUUUUAACAUCCCAUCACCACCAUUGCAUAUUUUUGUGUUUUCUCACAUAAUUAUUGAAUUGUCUACAUCAAAACCUCGUUCCCAUUCCCACUAGUCAGCAACGGUGGUUGCAGCCAUCGUCGUUGGUCGUAUUCGUGGUCCGCUGAAUACCUUCGCCGCCUUUACCGACACCAAGACCACUACUAUCACCUGAUCCAGAAUUUAUCCUCAGCGUCUACGCCAUCUACGAUCCUAUACGCUUAGUUUAACAGAAGCUUUGUGUGCUUGGCUUGCAGGCCGUCUGAACCAAAUCUGUAUUGUCAAGUCAGAAGUCCUAGUUGUUGCUGUUGUUAUUGCGUUGUGCCCUCAUUUUCUACAUGUAACAUUUUGCAGAUAUUUCUCUGGCGGGCUCUUAAUGCGGUAUUAACUAGUAUGAAUGUAGUAAAGCCGAGAGAGUAUCUCAUCUCUGCUUCCAAGCCAAGAAAGAGGGAAAUGUACCUAGAGGAGAGUGUUUGUGAGCAGUAAAGUCGGGCAUUUUGCCGGCGCAAGUCGAAGUAUGAUUAAGAGGGAAAUGCUUCAGCAUGAGGAGGCAGUGAGUAGAUGCAGAAGUACAUACUAAUCUCGAGCCUUUCAUGCACAGAAAUUCAAGAAUAGCCCACUUGCACUUUUUGCACUGGGCUGCAAUAUGAUGAUUUGGUAACACAAGUAGGUAGUUUCAGCACCUUUAAAAUCAUAGAAAUUACAGUAAUUAGAAAGGUGCUAAUACUAAAAAAAAACGGUAAGAUUGCAGCCAUUAAUGACUCGAAGGUAUCUGCCCGAGAAACCAUCGUUUGGUGGCCCUGACCGCGUCUGCAGUCACCCUCACAAAAUUAUACGCAUUGUACAGGCGAACCGCACGCAAAUGGGAUUUGUGGUGUUAGUUUUCAGUGUCAACCAUCUCGAGAAUGAGACCGAACAGAUAAAGGCUCUUUUACGAUAUGAUCUAGGCACACCUGACAUACGAAUGUCACCACUGGAAGAAAAACUAGGAGUAAGGCAAAAGAACCUCACAUAAAAGGCUCUUCAUAAAUGCCUUCUGUUACAGAUAUGGCUGUGCAGGAACGAAUAGCGAAAAUAAUCAAAUUGACAGGGUUCAACGAGGAAGUCAGAAAAUUCCAAGAAAGAAGAAAUCUGGUGGUAAAAUCCAAUGAAAAUGAACAAUCGCUUCUAAAUGAUAUCUCCACGGGACGUGAACCAGACACCUCGACAACAGCCCCGUCCAAAAGGGUAAAUGCCGAAAGUACCAAAACACCAACGCCCAGAAAACAUUUGGAUGGUAUGGGCCCAAUAUGGGUAGGGGUAUUGAGGCAAUUAUCUAAUCUGCAGACCAUCAUUCACUACUUCCGCGCCAACGGCUUCUUCCAAGUCAGUCACAACAGGCGUGGAGCAUCAAAAUAGCAAUAUAAAAUGUGUUCCGCUGUCGCCGCCUACAAUUCUUAGAGCACCAGACCCCCGCAGAGGGCGACACAUCAGCAAAUAAUACGAACGGUAUCGCCAGAGAGCCAUGUCUCGUUAUCCAGGGGCUCCCUGAAUCAAACGUCAACGCACAUAAAGAGUGGGUUUCGGAGGAUCAAACGCUUUUCCGAGGUUUUCUAAAUAAUUUAAUAGAACCCAUUUCGGUAGUUGACGUACUCAAAACCUUCCAUUUUGGAAAACGAGCAAACAAUCAGCCAGCAUCAACAAGCCCCCGACCUCUUAAAGUUGUGUUGGCCUGUAAGGAACAAGCCGGGUUGAUUUUCUGUCAGUGCUUUAAAAUAAAUUGCAACAAUCUCGACGUUUAUUUCGACCGGAUUACUCGCCAGCCGAGAGACACUAAAACGACCCUAGGCCGAAGCGACCACGUCGUAAUGCUGUAGGAGUACUCCAUCUUUUCUCUGCCCGAACAAGUCACUAGAGUUAGAAGGAACAUUUGGCGCCCCAAAUUUGCCCAAACGAAAGCUGAACUAAAAACCAUAAACUGGGAAUCUGCUUUUUCAGGUGACACAAUCAAGGAUCGGAACUGGUUUAGUGAGUUACAGCACCUUCUUCUCAGGGACCACUGUCUAAUCUCACGAAAGAAACUGAACAGCAGACUCCCGUGGGUAACACAAGCUUUAAAAGCAGGAAUGAAUAAAAAACGAAAGCUAUGGAGGAAAUAUCUUACAGAUAGGUGCAAUGUGUCGAUAUGUGCAUGCAAAAUGCAGAGGAAGUUUCUUAAGAGACUAAUCCUCAGGACACGGCGUACUUUCGAGAAAGACCUACCGAACAGGGCCGCAGAAAAUCCGGAGUUAUUCCAUGGUUAUAUAAGAAUCAGCACGUGAAACAGACAUCCAAUCCCAUUAUUGAAAGUUAGGGAAAACCUUGUGUUCAGUGAAGAUGGAGCAAAGAUAGAGCACCUUUCACAAUUUUAAGUCUAUCAUUACGAAGGAAAACGCAUUUAUUACUCCCGACUGCGACACAGUGGAAGGGCCAACGAUUGAGGCUGUCUCGUUCGCCGAUGCUAUUGUUCGCAAAGAUCUCUUUCCCCUGAAUAAGUCUUAAUCACCUGGGCCGGAUGACGUACCACUACAAUUGUUGAAGGAGCCCUCUAGAGAGGUAUCUAAAGCGCUGUCCAUGCUCUUCCAAGCUUCGUUCCAAUCAGGCUAUCAGCCCAUCGAUUAGAAAUAUUCACGGACCACGCCUCUUUAUAAAAGCGGAUGCAAGGUCUUAGUAAACAACCACAAUCCGAUCAGCCUUAUCUCGAUUUGCUGUAGAAUUAUGGAAAAAAUAGUUAAGCGAGAAAUAAUGCGUUUCCUAGAACAGUACAAUCUGCUAUACAGUGCCCAGCACGGAUUUCCUAGGGGCAGAUCAUGCGUGCCAAACCUACUUUACUGUUUAGAACGCUGGACCCCGCUAGUUGACGGCGGCAAUGCAGUGCACACAGUCUAUGUUGACUUUAGGAAAGCACUAGAUAGUGUACCACACCAGCGUCUCCUGUACAAAUUAAGCCGAACAGGCAUUAAGGGCUAUCUCCUGAGGUGGAUUUAAAGCUUCUUGAUCGGUCGCUCUCAAAUUGUCCACGUCGGUGACAGGCAGUCAGUGGAGGUAGCAGUUGAAAGUGGUGUUCCUCAAGGCCCCGUGCUUGGCCCUACCCGGUUCAUAUUAUACACCAACGACUGCGUCAGUGAACUUAACUGUGGCGUCGCCAUGUUCGCUGAUGAUGUUAAGCUCUGGAGCGUCAUCCGAACUGAAUUUGACGAAGACAGCUUGCAGGCAAACCUGAACCGACUCGAUAAAUGGUCGCAGGACUGGCUUUUGUCGUUUAAUGUGGCUAAGUGCAACAUUCUGCGAGUCGGUGGGGUCCGAUCUCCUAGUCGCAGAGUUUGCCACCAAAGUGGCGUACCAUUGCAGGAGGUAGACGCCCAGAAAGAUUUGGGUGUAUGGAUCACGGCUUCACUUAAACCGUCGCUCCACUGCUCCAAGGUAGCCAAGUCCGCGAUGUCAGUCCUGUACCUCCUCAUGCGAGCUCUCUCUGCCUUCGAUGAGGACUGUUUCGCUAAAUUCUUUCGGACAUUUACACGGUCCCAGUUAGAGUUCGCUACCCGUGCGUGGAAACUCAGGAUUUCUAAAGGCCUUAGCAUCCUUGAGGAAGUUCAAAGGCGGACAACCAAACUCGUUAGUGGACAGGAUUUACUACCCUACGAAACACGGUUAUUCAAUCCUAUGAGUUACGGACAUGUAAGUGGCGACCUGGUACAAGCAUUCCGCACUAUGCACGGUCAGGAAUGCUGCCAUUUUUCCUGUUGACUUCAUGGAGUUAGCAACCACGAUGAGCCGCCGAGGUCAUUUCCUUAAACUACGUGUGACUGGUGCCAGGCUGGACGUGCGAAAGUUCUUCUCUUCCAACGGGGUGGUCGAGACUUUGAGUGCUCUGCCUGCAGAUAUCGUCAUGUUCACAUCCAUCGAGGCAUUUAAGUGCAAGUUGGACCUGUAUGCCACCAAACAUCAUAAUGUCACGCGACCGAUAUCGUCUUAGCGUUUCGUUCUAACUGUUUAAUGUUGCCUGUAUUUCAGUAACGUUUGUUUUUUAUUUCGCUAUUAUCCCAUGCCCAUUGAAUGCGAAUGCUGGCAGUCGCAUUGUCUUCUUUCAAAACUAAUAUCGCACAAAUGUUCUACGACACAAUUGUGCAUAGACGGACUGCUGUCAGUGUUUUUAACACAUGAAACAAUCGGUUUAUCUGACCGGUUUUGAAAUAAUUCUGUAGCUGUUUGAUGUUUACAUUCCAUUUUUUGAUAUAAUUCGCUUCCUUGUACCCAACAGGGAGUUUAUAGGUUCACCGCCUGAUCUUCCCUUAAAUGAAGUUGAACUGAAAUGAACGGGAAAAAAGUACGGAAGCCUGAAGCGAAUGCGGACGUUACUACUAAUAGCAAGCGCUUGGCAGCAUAUCAACUGCUGCUUAUGCAUACAGCACCCAUUAUGCGUUCACAACUUUUCUCUGUCGCUGUCCUCGAUCCAGCCUGGGUCUGAGACCCCAAAGCGAAUAUCGGCUUGCGUCCCAGUGAUCAAAUCUUCCAUCGUGCACAUUAAUGGCACGGUUAGGAAAGCCCAUGUUUUGAAAAAUAAGUAAUUGCAGUCUCUAAAGUUCUUCGUUAGCCUCACCUUAGAUUCCCACAUAUUUUUCCAAAGUAUCUGCAGUUGGGACCAUCGAGUCUCUUCUGAGGCGUUUUCUUCUACAGCUUGUAUGGCUUCCAGUCGAUGGGUCGGCUGAUUGUUGAAACCGGCAUGGCGCGCAAGCGAAUGCGAUGAAAUAAUAUGUAAAUUGCCCGGUAGUCACCUGACCUGUGGCUCCGCCUGGACCAUCGCAGGGGACCACAAUGCAAGUGAGCCCACAGGUAAGCGAACGAUGCUCUGUUGCCUAGCUUGCUUCUUCCUGCUGCCUGCUAUAUGCUACUCUUGUUGUCUGCCACAUGUCUAUUUGUCCUUGUCUGAACUAGUUGUCGUUCUGGUGGACUACUACCCGUGUUGCCUCUGCAUCUCGCCGUUCCUGCCUGUUGGCUUCGUCUGCUUGUCCAUUCUUACUGUAAACCACAUAUCUUUCUGUUGGUUGUAAUUUCUCUCCUCUCCACUUCUGCAACUACUUAAACCAAAGAAUAGCGGGAAAGCAGUGCUGCUCGGCUCCCCAUCCACUUUAAGGUCCCGGGCUAAUUCGGAUCGCUCUACCACUAACACAGUCGUGGCCCAUAGUGGAGUUCGACAGCCGUCGGGGAUAACGGAGCAGCCCUAUUUAGGGAGUGCUAUGCUCGCCACGCAAGGGGGAUGGAGUUAGAAAAGGUACUCUAAAAAUUGCUGGGAAUCACGCUAUCUGUAGGUUAACUAUGGUCGCAGAUAUUAAACACACGACCGAAACAAUCGAAAUCAUAACAAAAAUGCUCUCUCUUUAUUGUCUUCUUCUUUCUCCAUCUCCUGCUCCUUUCUCUGCCCGCCGCCCCUCUCUUCAGACUGGUAGGGUGAUUUCGCUCACUCUAUUGGCCUGAAAUGUUCGUUUCCUUUUAGACAAUCCGAGGAGGAACCGACCGGAACGGAGGACGGCGCAAGUGGCUCGGAGACGGGCGCUCUACAAGGUGGACAUCGCCGCAGUCAGCGAGACCCGAUUCUCCGAACAAGGCCAACUGGAGGAGGUGGGCGCCGCCUGCGCCUUCUUCUGGAGUGGUCACUCCGGGGCAGAGCAAGGGGACGCGGGCGUCGAAUUUACUAUCCGGGACGACAUAGUGGGACGACCGCCCCAUCUAACACAAGGCAUCAACGACCACCUGAUGAGCCUCCGUCUGGCUUUCCGGGGAGGCAAAUUCAUCACCAUCAUCAACGGCUACGCUCCUCCGAUGACCAGACCCAACGGCGCUGCAAGUGGCAAAUCCUACGAGGACCUGCACGCCUACCUGGUGACUGUGUAGAAGGCAGAUAAGUUAUCGUUGAAUUUAACACCCGCGUCGCCACAGACCAUGCAGCCUGGCGAGGAGUUCUGGGUCCCCACGGCUUCGAUGUCUCCAACGAAAAUGGCCUGCUCCUUCACCGUACUUGCGCAGAACACCGACUUAUCUUGACCAACACCCUCUUCUACCUGCCGUCGCGAGAUAAGGCCACCUGGAGGCACCCUCCGUCACGCUAGUGGCACCUUCUACACUACGUUUUCGUUCUAAAGCGAGACCAGCGGGAUGUGCUGGUGACAAAGGCGAUCCCGAGUGCCGACUGCCCAGUCUGCGACAACGAUCGUGGCAUCUCCCUGCUAAGCAUUGCUGGUAAGAUCUUUGCUGGCAUUCUUCUCAACCGCCUGAACAGCCACCUGGAAUGAGGUCUUCUGCCGGGAAACCAUUGCGGCUUCUGACAUCAUCGUAGACCACGGGCAUGAUCUUCGCGCCCGCCAACUGCAGAGGAAAUGCUAGGAGAUGCGGACCCACUUGAACUUUACUUUUGUGGAUCUGACGAAAGACGUGGAGACGGUGAAUCGUGAGGGAAUGUUGAGAAUCAUGCAGCAAUUCGGCUGUCUUGAACGGUUAGCUCAGAUGGUGUGUCUGCUUCACGAUGACGUGAUGAUACGAGUGACGGAGACUGGAAAUGUCUCAGAGGCAUUUUCAGUGCCCAGCGGAGUGAUGCAGGUCUGCAUCCUCGCGCCUACCCUCUUUAGUCACAUAUUCUCUGCCAUGCUGAUGGACUUCCACCACGACGGACGCCAUGGGAUACUCAUGGCCUACAGGACGGCAGCCAAUUCCUUAACCAUCGGCGGAUGCACUUCCAGUAGCAUGUAUCCACAACCACCGUCCAUGACUUCUCUUCGCCGACGACUGCGCCCGUAGUUUCACCUUGGCAUGUGGCAGGCAAAGGAGCAGGGACCUCUUCGCCGGCGUCUGCGAGAACUUCGGCCUGAUUAUUAACACGGAGAAGAAAUUGGUCAUGCACCAUCCGCCACCCAACAGUGCCGCAAAUGCGCCGCGAAUCAGCGUGAAGGGCACCCAACUGCAAUUGGUGGACAACUUCAUUUAUCUGGGCAGUACCCUCUCUUGAAGCAUGAAAAUCGACGGUUAAGUCGCCCGCCGGAUUUCGAAGGCCAGUCAAGCCUUCGGCCGCCUUCAAAGCACGGUUUGGAAUCGUCAUGGUCUCCAGCUGAGGACGAUGUACAAAGCUGUCAUCAUCCUGACCCCUCUGUAUGGAGUUGAGUCUUGGACGUUGUACACGAAACAGGCACGCCGAAUUAAUCACUUCCACCUCACUUGUCUUUAUCGCAUCCUUGGGCUGAGGCGGCAGGACCAAAUCCUCGACACCUAUGUACUUGACCGAAUGGGAAUUCUCAGCAUCUACACCAUGUUGAAAUAACUGCAGCUGUGCCGGAGCGGCUAUAUCGUGCGAAUGGACGAGGAGUGGCUAGCUAAAUGACUCUUCUAUGGAGACGUCGCCACGGGUUCCCGCCGCCAAGGAGGACAAAUCCAUCGAUGCAAGGAUACUCGGACGUCUUCCCUGAAGCGUCUGCGAAUAAAUCCGACCAAAUGCGAAGACCCCGCCCGAGACCGACCGACAUGGAGGAGGACAGUGAAGACAGGCACUGCGAUCUACGAAACCGACCGCAUCGUGGACGCCAAAGCCAAAUGUGAAGCACACAAGUUCCAGCUGCUUUCACCUCGCAAUGUCAACGCCAAAUCGCCUCCAACGUGUCCACGAUGUUAGCGGACAUUCCGGGCACGCGCAUCAACACUACGCACAAUCCUGAUAAACCGACAAACGCCAACUCCGCCACCACUGACGCUAGCGGUGAGGACCAGAACUACAACAGUCCUCAAUGCGACCGCACCUUCACCUCACGCAUCGGCCUAGACGGUCACUUGCGAAUUCACCGCGUAGGGACUGGCAAAAUAAUGCCUGGCGCACCAAAUUGCACCCAACGUAAUCGCCUCCACUGUCCACACUGCCGUCGCACAUUCAUACACCGCAUGGUUCUAUUCGGCCACAUGCGCAUCCACGAACACCUGCGGUAGACAACCGCCGGCUGCAUCACACCAUCACACCCCCCUCACCACCGUCUCAUCAAACAUCAACACCACCCACCCGCCAACUCACAUGCAAGUGGGACGUGUGCGUCUCGACUCGGCCUCCUUGCGGUUCCUGUGUCACGGUUGACUCGAGUCUGAGAAUCCCGACGCGUCAAGCAGCGUUGAUAGGAAGGCUGCUGAUUGACGCCGCAACUUGGUCCACGCAGUUUCGUCCAGUUUUGUGUGUGUGUGUGUUUGUGUGGAGUGGCGGAGUGGUGGGCUGGGGCCGGGCUAAAACAGCUCCUUCGACGGCACUCUCCCGCAUGUAACAGAUAUGCCGCUCAACUCCCGUUGAUUAAAAUCUUGAUGUCUGUUUGUGUGUGUGUGUGUUUCGGGGUCUGUCGUGAUAAUAGUCGACAACCAGAAUGUUCCCUAAUCAGGAGUCAAGGAAGACAGUUUGAUUGAACAAGCUGCACUAGAGUGAAGGACACACAACGGCUCUGAUGGCAGUCGCGACAAGCUGUCACCCACUUGUGGUGGAUGAGGAAGAGGAGGAAAAGGAAGAGGAGGAGGAGGAGGAGGAGGAGGAGGAGGAGGAGGAGAAGGGGGUGGAGGUGGAUGAGGAGGAGUAG